AUGACUACAGCACAUAGGCAUGUUUAUGUCUAUAUUUUUUUGGAACCUACGUAUGAUCCUGUAAGAGGAAAGUCUAAUGAACAAGCACCUACACGUAUGUUUUCUUCUAGGUCUUUACCUGCACAUACUGUGCUUAAAUUUAGACGUUCAGGGCAAGCAAGCACUAAGGAGAUAGAACAACGUGACCUUCGUGCAGAACUUUUAGAGGCAGAGGCUGCAUAUUUUUCUAAAAAAAAUGAUCCUUAUGAUAUUAAAAAAAUAUCUCAAAAUGAUGAAUCUUUGAAAAUUGAUGAUCCUAAAAUAAAACGUGUAAAAAUUCUUGAGGAAACAAGACUUAUAGAUGCAGAUUAUGAUGGUGAUGAUAAAGAUGAGAAAAAUGAGGAUAGUGAAAACAGUGAAGAUGAGGAUGAUGAGGAUGAAACUGCUGAGCUUUUAAGAGAGUUGGAUAAGAUAAGACGUGAACGUGCUGAAGAGAAAGAACGAUCUGAACGUGAGAAAGCUCUCCAGAAUGAAGAACAAAGAGAAAGGGAAAUAGCUACAGGCAAUCCUUUGCUUAACUUAACAUCGAAGGACUUUAGUGUAAAACGCAGAUGGGACGAUGAUGUAAUUUUCAAGAAUCAGGCAAAAGGCAUUUCUGAUAUUCCAAAAAAGGAAUUUGUUAAUGAUCUUUUACGAACAGAAUUUCAUAGGAAAUUUAUGAAACGUUAUGUUAAAUAA